CGGACUGACUGACUGACGGGCGGGCGGACGAGGCCGCCGGAGGCAGCGGCUGCCCCGAGCCGCCGGGUGCGAGGAGGACUGCCUUUGGACUGUGAGCACCUGGACAGGGUGAUGCAGCUGCACCUAGAGGGCCAGGCCUGGAUGGCUGGGAUUUAAGAUUUUGCCAAAGGAAACUCAAUCAGAUUUAAGCCUUCACGACUGCUCCUAAGGAAGAGAGCGUUAAGUUUUCAGAAGGAGUUCUCACUUGAAGAUAAAGAAGAACUUGCGAACAGCACAAAGGAUAUUGAUGCUAAUCUCUUAGCAGUACUUCCCAAAGUUUCAGAAUUAAGAAAACUCUUUGAACCAAACAACCGAGAUUUUUUGGAAAUGAAAAGAAAAGAAAGAAUAGCUAGGCGCUUAGAGGGAAUUGAAAAUGAUACACAACCUAUGCUUCUACAAAACUGCCCAGGAUCAGUCACACACCGUUUGCUAGAGGAAGAUACACCAAGAUAUAUGCGUGCAACUGACCCAUACAGCCCCCACUUAGGAAGAUCAAAUGAAGAGGAGGAAACUUCAGAUUCUUCUCUAGAGAAACACCCCAGAUCAUCCAGAUACCGAUCAGAAACCACAGGAGGUAAUACAGAGCCCUUGUACAGUACAGCAAACAUGGAUGUCCAGGAACUAGAGUCAAAAGCAGAGAGAAUAGCUAGGUACAAGGCAGAGAGGCGACGCCAGCUGGCAGAAAAGUAUGGACUAUCUCUUGAGUCUGAUUUGGAUUCUGACUACUCAUCCAGAUAUACACGGGCAAGGAAAGAUCCUGACAGCGUGGAAAGAAAGGGAGUGAAAAGUGAAAGGCAAGAUGAUGAAAACAAGGACUAUGGCACCCUCUAUUUUUCCAGGACUGAGACAAAGGCAUCAAAGAGUGUGAUUUCUGAUUCCAAAGAAUACUCCAGCCGUGAAGAUAAAGAUGGCCUCUCAAAUGAAAAAAGUGUUAGAAAAGCAGAUGACAGUGCCAUUAGACAGCCUUCUGACCCUUCAGCAACCUUGGAUAGUUCUGUCUCCCUUUCACUUUCUGGACGAGACUCUUCCUGCUAUAAUGAAGUGCCAAUACCACCAAAGCAAGCCCCCCGAGAGUCCCUCUCUCCACCGAAGCGGGCAGCCUCACCCACCCACUUGCAGAAUGACCAGCCCUUGCACAGUAACAGCAGACAAAGUAGUGCAGGGAAAGCAAAACCUGAAUGGUUUCUUCAGAAAGAUUCAGAAGGAGACACAUCUUCACUUAUCAGCUGGCCCUCCAGAGUAAAAGUUAGAGAGAAAUUGGUGAAAGAGGAAAGUGCUCGUGGAAGCCCUGAACUUGUCACAGACACAGUAUCACAGAGAAAAUCCCAUCCAGUGCCAGCCCACUACAUGCCUCUUCAGACAGAAACGUCUGCCUUUGAUAGGGUUAUAAAUCAGCCCGUCAGUUCCGUCCGCCAGCCAAUCCAUGGCUAUAUCCAGCCUGCUGGCAUUGCUCACACGGCUCAGCUGAUGGCAGCAGAAGAGCCAGCAAACACUCCUGCUGGCAGCCUCCUCCCGACAGACAGCGUUAGCCUCGGAACAAAGUCCUCAGCAGCCACUGCAUCGGAGAGCGAAAAGAAAGAAGCACCUGGUUACGGAGCAAAACCUGCUGAAGAAGAUUCCUUGGAGGGUGAACAGGCCUCCAAAGGCAGAAGGCCCAUUCUGCCGUCUGAGAUUCGCAAGCAAGGGAAGAACCACGAGGGCCUCUUCAGCGGAGGAGAAUUGGAGACCCCUGUGGGGAGUUCCUCCUUUGCAAGCAAGCCGAAAGUUAACUCAGAAGUUCAGAGGGAGUUGGAAUGCAAUAAGAGGCAGGCCCCAGAGCAGCAGUUUAAGACCCCUGAGAACGUAGAAAGGAGUGAAGCUGUUAUGUACAUACAGAGCGGGUCUGUAUUGCAGCCUGACAAGGCAAAGGCUCCUGUUUGGAAAGUGUCAACAACAAAGCAUAAGGUCCUGACUCGCUCCAUGUCUGACUAUACUGUGACUACUAAGCUAGAGCCUUUUAAAAGCAAGGAGAGCAUGGAAGCAAAUCCACCAAAUGGUGAGAUUGGCAUGGUUGACACAAAAGUCUCUGUUGCCCAGCUCCGUAAUGUCUUUCUGGAGUCUGCUAAUGCCAACAAGAAAACGGAACUUGACUCUCGGUUUGAGAUGUCGGCAGCAGGUAGUACUGUGUCUGCCAAUGGGGACCGUGGGCCACGAAAGGCAAGGCGCUAUUUUACUCCUGGUGAAAAUAGAAAGACUUCUGAGAGAUUUAAAACUCAACCCAUAACAUCAGCAGAACGAAAGGAGACAGAUAGGUCAAUUUUGUAUGCAGAAAUACCAACUGCUGACGAUGAAGAAAAAUUGGAUGACCGAGCUAAACUAAGCGUAGCUGCAAAGAGACUCCUUUUUAGAGAAAUGGAAAAAUCAUUUGAAAUGAAAAAUAUUCCCAAACCACCUGCCAGAAGUUCGGCAGUAGAGAGAAGGCUGCGGCGCUUGCAGGACAGGUCUCACACACAGCCCAUCACCAGUGAGGAGGUGGUCAUUGCAGCCACUGAAACUACCCCUGCUUCACGUUCUGUGAAUACCCACACAGUAGUGACAAGAGUACCUAGUCCCACUGUAGUUAAGAGCACUGUACAACCUACCAGCUUGCAGGCAUCAGCACACCAAAAAAUUUUAGCUAAAGAGGAGAUAAGAGCAGCCAAAGAGGCGAUGGGGCAAGAUCAGUCUGAGGAACCAGAUUCUUCCACCUUAAGCUUGGCAGAAAAGAUGGCUUUGUUUAACAAACUGUCUCAACCAGUAUCCAGGGCCAUCUCCACCAGGAAUCGGGGAGAUAUGAGGCACAGGAGAAUGAAUGCUCGUUACCAGACCCAGCCAGUCACUCUUGGAGAAGUUGAACAGGUACAGAGUGAAAGUGGAAAGAUUGCCCCCCUGUCAUCUGCAGUUGCAACAUCGAUUUCAGCCAUGGCCUCUGCCCUUGCUCCGUUGUUUGGGGACCUGCCCGGGAAGCCAGGGACUGAUGGAAGAGGGAGUGCUGCCACCAGGUUCCACCCUACAGCAGACAACUUGGACUCAUCAGGAAAACACACACACAAGUCAGAACAGUGGCAGCCCUCAAUGGAAGCACUAGAAAGCAGAAAAGCAUCAAAGAAACAUGAAGAAGAAAGAAAGAGGUUUCUAGCCCAUGAAGCUAAUGAAAUUAAAAAGUACAGCUCCUUUGAGGAUGAAACCACACAUCCUGUUCCUGAAAAAACAGGAGACCACCAUAAAGACACAGCAUACAGCUUCCUGAGGAAGGGCAGCUUGGAACUGUUUGGUUCACAAGCACUUUUUCAGCCUUUGGAACAGAAGGAAAUCGAUACUGGCAUGCAAGACCAUGCUGAGCCUUCUUCUGAACUCACCAGCACAUCAGCCAUGAGGACAGUUUCACAAACAGCAUCUGCAGCAUCCUGUAGACUGCAGGAGCUCUCUGAACAAUUGGAAGGCAAAUUUUAUAAGAAUUCCUGUGAGAUGUUUUCCAUGGGAGAGAGCAAAGCACAAACAGCUGAGGAUGUCCUUGAUAAUUCCAGCAAAACAAUGUCAAUUAAGGAAAGGUUGGCAUUGCUGAAGAAGAGUGGUGAAGAAGAUUGGAAGAGCAGGCUCAGCAAAAAGCAGGAGUAUGCAAAAGUGCCUGGCGCUGAUCGCAGUGCGCAGAUGCAAGAAGUUGAGCAGCUGUUGAAGAAGCAAAGAAUGGCAGAUAACCAGGAGAGCCAGAUGACCAUUGAGGAGAGGAAACACCUGAUUACAGCUCGAGAAGAAGCCUGGAAGUCCAAGGGUAAAGGAGCAGCCAAUGACUCCACACAGUUCACUGUAGCUGGCCGAAUGGUAAAAAAAGGCCUGGCUUCUCCAAGUGCACUCACACCAGUAGCAUCCCCUUUCCGGCAGAAGUCUACCACUCCAGUUACAAAGCCCUUGGAAGAAAUUGAAGCCAGGCCUGAUAUGCAGUUGGAAUCAGAUAUGAAGCUUGACAAGUUGGAGUCAUUCUUGGGAAGGCUGAAUAACAAAGUUGCUGGGAUGCAAGAGACAGUGCUGACAGUUACAGGAAGAUCUGUGAAAGAGGUGAUGAAGCUGGAUGAUGAUGAAACAUUUUCCAAAUUUUAUCGCCGUGUGGAUUUCCCUUCCUCCUCAGUGCCUUUGAACCUUGAUGAGGACUUCGAUGCCAUCUUUGAUCCUUAUGCACCAAAGUUGACAUCUUCUGUAGCAGAGCACAAACGUGCAGUUAGGCCCACACGCAGAGUCCAGUCCUCAAGGAACCCUCUGAAAAUGCUUGCAGCAAGACAAGAUAUUCUUCAUGAAUACACUGAACAAAGACUGAAUGUUGCCUUCAUGGAGUCAAAGCGAAUGAAAGUAGAAAAAAUGUCUACAAAUUCAAAUUUCUCAGAAGUAGCACUUGCUGGUCUGGCAAGCAAAGAGAAUUUCAGCAACAUUAGCCUGAGGAGUGUUAAUCUGACAGAGCAAAACUCUAACAACAGUGCUGUGCCAUACAAGAAGCUAAUGCUCCUGCAAAUUAAAGGAAGAAGACAUGUUCAAACAAGAUUAGUUGAACCAAGAGCCUCAUCACUGAACAGUGGAGACUGUUUCCUGUUGUUAACUCCACAUUUAUGUUUCUUGUGGGUAGGAGAGUUUGCAAAUGUCAUAGAAAAAGCAAAGGCUUCAGAACUUGCAACUUUAAUUCAGACAAAGAGGGAACUUGGCUGUAGAGCUUCUUAUAUACAGACUAUAGAAGAAGGAAUAAAUACCCAUACCCACGCAGCCAAAGACUUCUGGAAACUCCUUGGUGGACAGACAAAUUACCAGUCUGCUGGAAGUCCUGAAGAAGACGAAAUGUACGAAGCCGCAAUAAUAGAAACAAAUUGCAUUUACCGCCUCGUAGAGGAUAAACUCAUUCCCGAGGAUGACUACUGGGGAAAGGUGCCAAAAUGUACCCUGCUACAACCAAAAGAGGUGCUGGUGUUUGAUUUUGGCAGUGAAGUAUAUGUAUGGCAUGGAAAAGAAGUUACUUUAGCACAAAGAAAAGUGGCAUUCCAGCUGGCAAAACACUUGUGGAAUGGCACCUUUGAUUACUCCAAUUGUGAUAUAAAUCCUCUGGACCCUGGAGAAUGCAAUCCCCUCAUACCCAGAAAGGGACAAGGACGCCCAGACUGGGCUGUAUUUGGCAGACUCACAGAACAUAACGAGACAAUACUGUUCAAAGAAAAAUUUCUCGAUUGGACAGAACUGAAGAAACUCAAUGAGAAGAAUUCUACUGAAUCCCUUCACCAGAAGGAAGAAUCCAGAUCUGACUCUAAACCAUAUGAUGUCAUGCUAAUGGUAGCUGUGCCUCAAACAACUGUGGGCACGGUCUUGGAUGGAAUGAAUAUUGGCCGGGGUUAUGGACUGGUAGAAGGAGAAGAUGGGAGGCAGUUUGAAAUUAUCACUGCCUCUGUGGAUGUCUGGCAUAUCCUGGAAUUCGAUUACAGUAGACUGCCUAAGCAAAGCAUAGGGCAGUUCCAUGAGGGAGACACAUAUGUGGUGAAGUGGAAGUACAUGGUGAGCACUACAGUUGGAAGCAGACAAAAAGGAGAGCAACAAGUACGGGCUGUUGGAAAAGAGAAAUGUGUGUAUUUCUUUUGGCAAGGAAGGCACUCCACAGUGAGUGAGAAAGGAACAUCAGCACUCAUGACAGUGGAACUUGAUGAAGAGAGAGGAGCACAGGUACAAGUGCUUCAAGGGAAAGAACCACCGUGCUUCUUGCAGUGUUUCCAAGGAGGGAUGAUUGUGCAUGCUGGAAGAAGGGAAGAGGAAGAAGAAAAUGCACAAAGUGACUGGAGGCUUUAUUGCGUGCGAGGAGAAGUUCCCAAUGAAGGAAACUUACUUGAAGUAGCGUGUCACUGCAGCAGCCUGCGUUCCAGGACAUCCAUGAUCGUCCUCAAUAUCAACAAAGCUCUCAUCUACCUGUGGCAUGGCUGCAAAGCACAGUCUCACACCAAGGACGUAGGAAGAACAGCAGCCAAUAAAAUAAAAGAACAGUGUCCACUGGAGGCAGGGCUGCACAGCAGCAGCAAGGUGACGAUUCAUGAAUGUGAUGAAGGGUCAGAGCCCUUGGGAUUCUGGGACGCCUUGGGGAGGAGAGAUCGGAAGGCCUAUGACUGCAUGUUGCAAGAUCCUGGAAAGUUUAAUUUCACACCCCGCCUGUUCAGCCUCAGUAGUUCAUCAGGAGAAUUCUCAGCCACUGAGUAUGUUUACCCUUCAAGAGACCCUGCUGUCAUCAAUUCCAUGCCAUUCUUGCAAGAGGAUCUUUACACUGCCCCACAGCCAGCACUCUUCCUUGUUGACAAUCACCAUGAAGUGUACCUGUGGCAAGGCUGGUGGCCUGUGGAGAACAAAAUCACUGGAUCAGCUCGAAUCAGGUGGGCUACGGACAGGAAAUGCGCCAUGGAGACGGUGCUCCGGUACUGCAAAGGAAAAAAUGUAAAGAAGCCCCCAAAAUCCUAUCUAAUCCAUGCUGGCCUAGAGCCUCUGACAUUCACUAAUAUGUUCCCAAGUUGGGAGCACAGGGAAGACAUCGCAGAGAUCACAGAAAUGGAUGCUGACGUUUCUAAUCAGAUAAUACUUGUAGAGGAUGUGCUGGCCAAGCUGUGUAAAACAGUGUAUCCAUUAGCAGAUCUCUUAGCUAGGCCUCUGCCUGAGGGAGUUGAUCCACUGAAGCUUGAAAUUUACCUUUCAGAUCAGGACUUUGAGGUUGCAUUAGAGAUGACAAGAGAGGAGUACAAUGCGCUGCCAUCUUGGAAGCAAGUUAACCUGAAGAAGGCAAAAGGACUUUUCUGAGCUGUGUUUAUGGAAGUGAGCACAAAAGGGACGUCCACUCUCACUUUCUAUGUCCUUUAAAGGAAUUGUACCCUACAUUUACAGAACAAAUAAAAAUAAUCCGAAGUUAUUAGCGACUACCUAUCUGGAGGUGUGUAAUAUUAUAAUAAAAGGCCAAGAGAACUCUUUGAAAAUGGAAUUCAAUUUUGACUCUUAAAGGUAAUGUUUUUAAGCUCCAUUCUCCUAUGCACUUAAACAGUAGUUUCUUGAGCUACUGCUGCAGGUGUCCUUUGGCUAUAUCCAAUACUUGCCAUUUUUGUUUUUAAAGAAGUUCUCUUUGUAAAGUGUUAUUUUGUUAGUUUGUGGAUUACAAAGAAUUUAUAUUUAUAUAAACACAUAGAACAAGUAUGUAUUUAACAAUGCAAUAUGUAUUCACUUUCAAGACUUCCAUGUCAAAACUACAGAAAAGUAGCUGGAUGGCAGUUGCUUGUACUGAAUUAGCUAUACCACCAAUAUGUAUCUCCUUUGCAUUCUGAAAAGUUUCUCUUUGCUCAGUGCUGCUUCAGGUGCUAAACUGAACAAAGCGUUUGUAUUUAUAGCAUGGAUUUCUUGAGAAACUAUGCGAAUCAACCUUUAUACUUUAUUAUCCAAAAAUGUAUAGUGCCUUGUUUUUUGUGUACAGUUUAUAUACAAAAAAAAAUUUGGUCUGCAUUUUGAAGAUGGCUUAGAACGGUCUCCUAUGUUACUUUUAUAAUAGUAGAAAUAAAAACAUCUCAGUUUCUAAUCCUUGUUGUAAACAUUAAACAUGUCUUUUGUGAUAUAAGAACCGAAAGUAAAAGCUUCUGAAUAAACUCUUAGCAAUGCUCUGACUUGUCAUUAAUUUGUACUGUAAUCUGUACUAGCAUUGGAACCUUCCAUAACAUAGUAUUUUCUCAAAAUAUUUUAACCUUUGAUGUAUGUGGGUAUUGUACAGAGUUAUAAUUUGAGAAGCAGAUAAUGUAGAAAAUAAUCAAUGUAUGAGAUAAAGUUGGGCAAAACUUUAAUGCUGAAUGUUGGAACCUGUCAGUCACACAACUCUGUAUUCUUUGGGUUUCCCUGUUUUAUAUGCGAAACCAAAAUUAUUAUGCUGGUUUUCAAAAUUUGAAAAAAAUCUUUUCAACCUUUGUGCAAUUGGGAGUAAAAUUUGAAUUGAAAA